AUGUCCUAUCACCUAGGAAUAGCCCACUUCCCGGUCCUCCACCGCCAACUUACAUCGCCGACCAGCGCUUUACUUCCAGAAUCACUAACUGAAGAUCUUACGCAAGAUAGCAAGGAUGUCUUGAUUGAUAGGCUCAGCGACCUGGUACUUCGUCUCUCGAAUGUUACUUCUCUUCAAGAUGGCGCAGUCUCAGCUAUCCACAGAGAGGUUGAUAAGAUUGAAAGUCUGGUGAAGGGAGUUGAGAAGGCGAACAGUCCGGACCACUUAUUGUCAAGGGAGAAAUCUGGACACUCUUUGAGCGAGGAUGAUUUCUGGGGGUCCCCAACUCCCUCCCAAAGACUGAAAAUGCGAAUCCCAGUCAUAUCUCAAAACUUGUCACCUAAAUCAGUAUCAAAACCCGAGUUAGAGAUGUCUUCAAGUCGGGCGGUUGAAGUGGCUAAAGCCGCUGAAGAACUUGCCACAAACUUGGCAAGUACUCUUGAGAAGCUGCUGGUUAGAAAGGAAGAAUCUGAUCGUAUACACGAUCUACUAGUUACACGAGGAGAGCGAGCUGCGGAGCGUAUUUUGGAUCUUGAAUAUCGCAUUGCAGAAAUGGACGACAAUUAUCAAGCCAACCAGUCAGAACUCAGAUUUCUCCGGAUCCAGCUCCAAGCAAUUCAGGUCCAGUGUACGAACUGUAUUCAUCGCCACGACGAUGAUCCUGAGCUUACAGACAGCAUCAUGAAUUGGAAGAUCGACUGGGAGAACAUUAACGGGCACGCUCAAGAUAGGCGACAGCAGAAGAGCCAGGUACCAUUGAUUCAUCAGAUGAGUGACGCAUCGACAUUUGUUGGUAGUCUUAAUGGCACUUGA